CAUUAUCAGCAGAAGGCAAUGACACUCACGGCCUCAGUACACACCACUCUAACAGGGCACACCUGGGCAGAAAGAAACACCUGUCGGUCAUAUAUCUGAUCACUUGAAACGUGGGUGGGUUCAAACAAAAGGCGCCGUGUUCUGAGUUGUUUACCGCAUCUAGAUGUAAAUAUCAGGAAAUUAACGCUGGAAUUCUGACCGAUCAUUUCAUAUUCAUCUUUUGUUCUCAAAUGUCUUCGUAGCAAUAACCACAGAAUUGGCCUCGCCGUUCAGAGGGGACUGCGUAUAAGAACCUCCGUGUGUAAAUACUCAAAUAGGCUGUGGUGUGUUGAUGGAGUGAUGAUUGAUCGGUAUUAACGGGCCCAAGAUGUGCCAAGAAAACACUCCCCACGCCGUUACACUACCUCCACCAGCCUGGACCGCUGACACGAGGCAGGUCGGGUCCAUGGAUUCAUGCCAUCGGGGCCGAAUUCUAACCUUACUGUCUGAGUGCCUCAGCAGAGAUUCAUCAGACCACGCUAUGUUUUCAAUGUCCGGUUUUGGCAGCCUCAGCUCUCUGUUCUUGGUCUUCUGCUGUUGUAGCUCAUCUGCCUCAAGGUUUGAUGUGUGCUGCUCACCACAGUUGUACAGAGUGUUUAUCUGAGCUACUCCGGCCUUCCUGUCAGCUCGAACCAGUGUGGCCGUUCCCCUGAGGCGUUUCCGUCCGCAGGAUUGCGGUGGAUGUUCGAUGGACGUUUUGUUUUGUUUUUAAUUUAAUUGCACCAUUCUGAGUAAACUCCAGAGACUGUUGUGUGUGAAAAUCCCUGGAGAUCAGCAGUUUUAGAAAUACUCAGACCAGCCCGUCUGGCACCGACAGUCGCACCACGGUCAAGACCACCGAGCUCACGCUUCCCCCCCUCGUUCUGAUGGUUGACGUGACCGUUACUCGAAGCUGCCGGCCCGUGUACGCACGAGUUUAUGCGUUGCACUGCUGCCGCCUGAUUGGCUGCUUAGAUAACAGCAGGAACGAGUAGGUGUACAGGUGUUCCUGAUCAAGUGGGAAAAAUUCAAACCAAGUGAAUAAAGUGGAAUUUCAGCUGCCUGAAAUGUGAACGUAAACUCGUGUGUGUAUUUGCACGGGUGCAGCGUGAGGUAACAGGAGGCCUCUGUACUCCAAAACACAGGCUCCACCAAUCCACACUCAGUGUGUGUGUGUGUGUGUGUGUGUGUGUGUGUGUGUGUGUGUGUGUGUUGCUACCUUAGCAGCAGUCACAGCACACAAUGGUGCAUAGUUGGGGACAGGUGCAGUAUAGAGCAGGUGCUCAAGGCACAAACAUAAACAUGCGUGCACACACACACACACACACACACACACACUAGGAUUGUGUUUUUGUGGAAGGGAAUGUGGGCUCGUACUUGUGUGUUCACUCGGAAUGUUUCUCCCGUCCUGUUCACCUGUUCAUUAGUCACUAAGACGUGAUGUUUACCCGUCUCUAUACGGUUUCGCGUCCUCGUCCUCUUUCUCUCGUUUGUGUCUAUUCCCCAUCUGCCUUUCGCGUCCAGGUGUACACCGUCCCUCCUGUUCGCCGUGUACUCGUACGAAUGACGUUCUUGUGUGCUUUAAAGCACAGGAUUCUGUCGUGAAGUUAGAUUCCUACUGUGUCGCGUGUCAGAAUAUUCACAGCUAAAGGAAGAAGAAGCUGUCAUUUCCAUCCAAAGCAUCAAGCGAACGUCAGCAUGAGAAAAUGGGAGGAGUUUCACGUGGUUCCGUCAGACAUGCGACUCGAUGAUGUCAUCAGAAGAGCACUAGCCACGCACGCAGUCCCGGGCAGCUGUUCGGAUCUCUUCAUUUCGUCAUCAGUGCAGACAUGACGAGCGUUUCUUAACAGUUCCUGUAGUUACACUCUCAGGGAAAUAGUGUGUGAGAAGAGAGAACCGACUUGAACACUAGACCUGGAAAACAUAUUUGGGCAGAGAUUUGUAAACACACACACACACACACACACACACACACACACACACACAAAAGCAUUGUUGCAUUGAACAACUCUUUAAAAAGCCUGUUCCGAAAGAGCGCUGUGUACAUUAAGAGGCGAAGGGGCUGGUGCUCAGGGAACCGCAUCCACCCCAUACUGCACAGUAAGGACAAAGAAUAAAUCCAUCAGCUAACUCACCAGGCAAGUGUGAGCACCAGCGUACUUGCCCAUUGUCAUGUUCUGGUUGCCUGGAAAGCUCAGUGACCGAGCUAAAAAAAAAAAAAGUAGUAUUUAACAUAAUCUAAUGAAGUUAUGGGCAGCUAGUGAGCUAGUUAAUGCUUUUAAUUCAACACAAUACAAAACUUUUAUACGUGGAGUAAUCAAUGUUCUCGCAGAAGCGUAUGCUGCGUAGCAACGCUUCAAACUUCCAAUCCAACGCUCCGCGUGUCACCUUCUGCACUAGCGUGAACAAUCAUUUUGCCUCUUUUUUAAUUAUUAUUAUUAUUAUUUGUUUUCCAUAUCGAGCGUCGACCGUUUCGUGCGUCAUUAGACGUACCGCACUCAUGAACCUUCCCUUCUAUGCACACGCAAUCAAGUCACGCCGUAACACGGUACGGUAAAGAGAUCACAGCUCCGGACCACGACGGAAGACACGCGUCAUAGGUUAUAUGGUUACGCGGCCUCGUUAUAAGCAUUAAAAAGAGCUCCGUGGUAGCUUUCGGACGACACCAGCCCCACGCCGCUGCGAUGUGCAGUGCCCGAGAAAGACUGGUGAAGUCGGGUACUUUAACCAGCUUCAGAGCUCUGUUAACAGUUAAAAAUGACUCCUCGGGUGCCGCUGCUGUGGAGCUCAUUAUACUUCACCUGAUCAUUUCCCCCAGAGACUUUGUUUAUUCGAUCCAAUUUUUUAGGGUCAGAAUUUAUACAUUUGAUUAUUUAUUUGUAAGAUAUCGUGAACCUGUAGUUCAUUUUGCUUAAAUAUCUGUAUUUAUCAGGAGUACAGUUCAUUUCCUUCACCUGGUUGUUGAACGUACUUAACUGGGCAGCUACAAAUAAGAAGGAUUUAAAACGCCGUGAACAGACGUGAGACGUGUUUGUCCUGGGCACCCGGGCUGCUUAUUUAUCCCCCCUUAUUGCUUCUGUAGUAAAAAAUCUGGAAAUCCUGAAAGUGCUACAACUCGCCCAGGAUUAACAAGGUCAUGAAACGAGAUUCAGCUCAUGAUGGACUUUAUACGGAUUCAGAGAAACACGGCGACGGGGUUGGAUUUAGAUCCGUUUCGUACGAAUAAAGUCGACCCGACGUCCACGAUGACGAGCGACAAAACGCGAUCGAGUGUGGGGUGUACUUAUUUUUUCACACGACCGUAUACUAGAGAGAAAAACCCUGGGGAUGUAGACCAAACGCGGCAAGGUCGAGGACGUCGUUUAUUUCCAUAGUGUGUAUUCUGAAACGUGCAGAGGUGCAGAAAACACUUACGUCGUGCGCAAAUGUAAAAGGAGCGUAAAAUAAACGGAAAGCUCCCCAAACAGAGGAGGGGAACGGAGAAGAGGGCGAGACGGUGGAGACCGUCCGAGAGAACCGGAGAGAUGUGUAACCUGCCCCGUGACAUCACCGACAUGGUUUCCAGGCAUGCACGCUGAUUGGCUGAGGGGAGGGAAGUAAUUCGAUUCCCUUCUCAAUCCACUGUGUUGUGUUCGGGGAUAGAGAGGUAGACAGAGGGAAAGAAACGGAGGAAGAAAGACACAGAGGAUGUUGGUCAGUCUUUAUCAGGGUUUUGGACAGAUAGUAUCUGGGACUUCUUCGUGUUUAUAUUAAGCUUGCGCCUAAAAAGUGUGCGCGCCAGCGAGAAGCAGCUGGAGAUCCGAGUUAGCCGCGGAACCGUUUCGCCCGGUGGUGUAAAGUUCACUCUCCAGCUGAUUUGUUGUUUUUGGCUCACGUUUUCAUUUUGCGGAGAAAACAAAAGAAAAAUAAAGGAGUACCACUCCCUGAGACACCUGAUCUGAGAGAGAGCAGUGUGCAGAUUUAUGCUGUAGUGAGUCCCUUACGGCGUCACCUUGCCAUCGAGCCCAUACAGACCGAUGCAGCGGAGGAGUUCAGAUACGCAUCAAACACAGGGGCAGUGAGCCUGGGUCCCGUCCCCAUUCCUGGCACUCCACUAAGCUGGGUGAAGGCCCUCUGGACUCUGACAGCAUGAUGCAGAUAUCCCAGGGUGCCAUGGGGGCUCCCUGGCACCAAAGCUACCAUGGCAGUGCCUCCACCACAGACCUGUCAGGUUAUGAUGCAGUAUUUCUGAGGAAAAGUCCAGACCAGUACAGUUCAAGGGGAAGCAUGGAGAGUCUAGAUCAUUCACACCCUGCUUACAGUUCCUGCAAUCAACUGUCGGUCUCCAAAUCCUCCAAUAGCAUUGACCAUCUGCACAGCAAACGUGAUUCUGCAUACAGUUCCUUCUCUACCAGCUCAAGUAUCCCAGAAUACCUUGCAGCUGGGCCAACGUUCAGCAAGGAACGGUCAUACUCCAUGGACAGUGUUCCUCAACAUAGAACUGCAGAGGGCAUGCAUCAGGCAGAUAUUCACUAUGUCCACACCGUCUAUGACUCUCAAAAGGGCAUGUCUGCAGAGCAUGAGGUCCUUUCUACAGCAAUCCUAAAAACUAAUGAAAGCAAAGCACAUCCGUCUAGAUGUGGAAGCGUACAGGGCAGGGGUUGUCACCGUUCUAACAGUACCAGUGGCAGUAGCAGCAGCAGUGUAAGUAGUGGUUGUGGUACAGUCACGUCUCAUCGUCACAGUGCAGGACCAGUAUGGGGCCAAACACACAAUGGCAGCUCUUAUGAAAACCUGAAGGGGGCACCUUCACCUCCCUUACGCAGUGACAGCUAUGCAGCCACCCGGAACCAUGAGCGGCCCAGCUCAUGGUCCAGUCUUGAGCAGGCUCGGUCUUUACGGGCUCUUCACAAGGGUUCUUGGCAUCACUCCAGUGGCUCUGUGGCAUCAGGAAAAUCAUCCUUUGGAAUAGAGGGACAACUUCACACUGUAAUUGAAAAGAGUCCUGAGAGUAGCCCGACGAUUAAACCCAAACAAAGCCUUCCACCUUUAUCACAGCCUGGAUCAGCCAUGUUGCCUACUGGCAUCUACCCUGUUCCACUGCCAGAGCCCCAUUUUGCACAGAUACCAACAACAAACCCCAGCUCUAGUAGUGUGUACCCAGCACUUGCCAAGGAGAGUAAACCCAUCCCUCAAAAAGAACACUAUGGAGAAGAUUCUGGUGUUAGGAUGGCAGCAGAAAACGGAUACCAAAGCAAUGCUUCCUACUCCUGUUCUGUCCAGUCUCUUGUUUCCCCACAACCUAAACAACCAAACCAGGUGAAAGAUGACCCUCAGACCAAAUGUGUCUUUUACAGGUCUCAUUUCCAAACACAGGGGUCCAAGUCCCCAGGGUUGCCCCUAGGCCUUGAAAGAAAGGACCCUUACACCCCUGUUCAGCCAAGGCGAGAGAAACCCAGAUACUCACAUGGCAUGGAUAUUAUGGAAUCUUACAGACAACACAGAGAGGAAGAGCUAAGCAGAUGCCAAGAACAGAAUGUCCAUCCACAACCAUUUUACUCAUCAUGUGAACUUUUACAACAACAUGCCCAACCUCAAGGAAGUGAUCAAAGAAUCAACACUUCAGGUAGGUUCCACAAUGAAUCCGGCACCUAUCAACAGAGGGACCAAGAUCUGGAUCAUCCACUAACCCGACUUGAGAAUGCACUUGCAGAGGUCCAGAGAUGUGCUAGCCCACAGAGCACUACUAGCCAUUGCAGCGUCCAAAGUGAACGUAGCAUGUCAGUAAUGGAGAAAGUCAGUCACUUUGAGAGGCAGCAGACCAAACCACGUAGUCACAGUCACAGCCUCUGCAAUUAUAGCUCCUCUGUUGGUCCAAGUCAGGCUACCCACAGUGCCAAGAGGCCCCUGUCUGGGCUGAAAGAUCUGCAAAAAGGGUAUGUCCCGCAAGGGAGAAGUUGGAGUACCGGCCAUGAGGGAAAUGCAGAAUCAUCACAGGACCUGCAGCCAAGGUACGUGAGCACUGAUCAAGCUGAGCAUAGGAAGUCACAUGACCUACACCGAAGCAAGAGUUCUUUCCAACUCAAUGAGGAAAAUGGCAAAGACUUUCAUAGGAGCAAGAGCACUUUUCAUCUUGAGGAAAAGAGCAAAGACAUCCAAUGGAAAGAAGACCAUCAGGAUACCUUAGGCACCGUUCCUGACACCACCUUUACUCGAGCAUACAGAGAUAGCAUCAAGGAUGCUCAGUCCAAGGUGCUGAGAUCCACUUCAUUCCGAAGACGAGACUUGAGCAUAAACCCUCCUCCUGUGCCUGUGAAGCACAUGUCCCUGGAUAGGAAGGGACACAAUAUAAGCCCCAAACUCACCUCUUCUCCACACACUCCUAAAGAACGCCAUGUUAUUCCUGUUGAGCUACCAGACAAGACCAGUGCUCCUGAGCUUCCAAGAAUCCCUCCUGUAGGGCCUCCAGUUGUGCGAAUAUGUGGACGAAAGCGACUGACCAUGGAACAAAAGAAAAUGUCAUACUCUGAGCCAGAGAACAUUCAUGAGGUUGGAGUUUCUGAUCAAGAGUCUGGCUUAUGUCAAAAGAAGGCACCACUUCAAUUCCAGCUUCCUGAGACAAGUGUUGCAGAUCGACGAAGGAUGUUUGAACUUGUAGCUACUCGUAGUGCAGGUACCAAAUUAGCCACCUCAAGACCUGAGUUAAAGCAGAUGCAGCAAGAUGCUUUGGCUGAUUAUGUGGAGCGCAAGACUGGUCGACGGAUGGACGGGCGUCCUCAUCGUCCUCAUAGUGCCUACAUGCAAUCGACUUCCUGUUCCUCCAUAGACUCACAAAGCCGAACCUCCACCACUAGCAUGGGCUGUCUUCAGGAGCCAGGACGAGAGGGUAUCUCUGAGGAUAACUGCCAGCCGUUCACUAUUACAGCCAAUACACAAUAUCCCGUGCACACUAACAGGAACACCCAAACUCAGACUCAAUCUGAAAUCUAUCAGUCUGCCUUUAGACCACAGAGUGCAGAACCACAGAAACCAGAAAGGCAAGCAAAGAGAACCAUUCCAGGCCAUGUUCCAUGUCCAACCUGGGCUCCCCUCCCCAAUGCCCCUGCUAGCCAAAGCUUGGAUGAAGUUUUUGGAAGACCUGUUCCAGCCAGAAGCUCAGGGAAAUCAGCUUCAGCAGAGGACCUCUUGGAUCGCAAUCAAGGUCGUCCUGUUUCUCAGCACUUCAGAUCAAAAUCCUCUCCAGCUGUGGAGAACUACAACAUGGAUGUCUUGGCUGGAGACCUCAGAUUGUUCGGGAGUGUUUCUAAAGAAAACAGGCUGUCAGGGAAUGUGGGACCUGAGGUCACACAAAAGUCAUCAAGUGAAGUUGGUCUGGAGCAGAGCUGUCUGCUGAACCCAGGUCUGAAUCAGCUGAACCCGCCCGUGAUAAGGAGGGAACGACAGCGCCACUCGGACCGACCCCGAUCCCACAGCGCCUCAGGCCUGGCAGCUUCUGUCGGACUGCCCUGUCCUUUCUCCUCUUCAGAGUGGCAGAGUACCAACAAGGCACAGUGCCAACCCAACCUAGAUUCCAUCACUUUCCCAGGCACCGUCCCUGAAAAUCGAACGAGUUCGUUGUCAGGAACGGACGAUCAAAAUUCUGCCGAUGCGAACCGUUCCGAAGACGCUCCGAACGACUCUGGGAAGACAGCCCAUGACCUUUCACUUCCACACCAAGAAGAUGCAGAGUCACUCACGUCUUUCUCUUUCAACCCACGCCAUUCUGAAUCGCCCACUUCUCCCAAACGAUCCACCUCUCCCAUAAGGUCCCUCACCUCUCUGCGGAUCUCAGAGUCCAGUACCGGCUUCGCCUCAACUGCAACUGUUUCACAGGGGGAUGAUGAGGUGUUUUUGUCUCCAACCUCUCCACCACUACACCCACUGUCAAGAAGAGAAGGAAACUCCUCAGAGGAACCUCCGUUUCCCUACCCGCUGACCCAGCCUCAAGUAAAGGAAGAGGCACUUGACGUCACAGUGCCUCAAGAAUCACAAAAUCUAAACAGCGUCUUUGAGCAUCCGUCUGUCACAAAUGCCCACCGAGACAGAGACGUUCGUCAGCUGCGUAACCUCUCGUCCCUGUCAGGAACCUCUGAGCGGGAUAUCACCAGCGUCGCUGCUGUGACCUCUGAAGCUGAGGCAGAAGAGCUUGCAGAAAGCCCUGAGUUUCCAUUGCUGGCCAGGAGGGAGCGCACGGAGGCAGAAGUGCGGGUGGAGACUCUGGCUCGGGAGCUGGCGUGCCGAGACGAGGCACUUGCUCCUCUUCUGAACAUCUGGGCAAGCACCACUAUGUUGGACUUGAUGGAGGACAUCUUUCCCUCCUGCUCAUCUGCUCUAUGGCACCAAGCGAAGAAUAGCAGCAGUCAUGCAGGUGACAGUGCUCAGAAUGCGGUGUGUGUUGCUCCUGAGGCUCAUGUGAAAGCUGUUCAUGGACAGAUGGAGACUGAUCUGGACAAAGAAGAAUCCAAUUUGAAUGAGAAGAAGGUGGCGCUCCUGCAGGCUCUGACCGUGAGCUUAGAGGCGUUGCGGAUGGAGAGAGAGAGACUGGUCGAGGAGCAGCUGUGCUACAGUGCUCUGGGCUGCAGGAUAGAGGCGCUGGUGCAGGAGCACUGCAAACCCAACGAGAGUGAGAAGUACCGUAUGUUUAUCGGCGACUUAGAAAAAAUCGUCAACCUCCUGCUUUCUCUGAGCGGACGUCUGGCACGUGUGGAGAACGCCCUUAACGCCCUGCAGGGGGAGCCAGAGAAGGGAAGCACGGACGAGAGGGCAUCCUUGCAGCAGAAACAAAGUCAGCUGCGCAGUCAACAGGAAGACGCACGUGAGCUGAAAGAGAACCUGGACCGACGUGAGCGCAUCGUGCUCCAGUUCCUGGGCGGCUAUCUGAACACCGCGCAACUGCACGACUACCGGCGCUACAUCCGCGCCAAACCGGCGCUGCUCAUCCGCCAGCGCCACCUGGACGAACUCAUCCGCCAGGGAGAGGAGCAACUCUGCAGACUGACCGAGAACACGAACCCCGAGCUCAAUCCGCAAGCGAGCUCCACCCCCUCUCCGUGUAGCGAUUCCAACUCGCCGCGACCGACCACUGUGACCUCGCUCUGACUGUCCGUUAGCCCUGAAAGCUGCCGAGUAGAAAAAAAACACGACCGUGAGAGUUAGAACGAGAGAGAGAGAGAGAAUGUUAUUAACACUCCAUCACCACUCACCCGUGGGGAAGUGCCUUAAGUGAAGGAAUUCAAAACAACACGAAGGACAAUGCUAGCGCACGCUUCACGAAGUGUCAGUAGAUCUGUUAGAUACUACACGCCAUACAACGCCACCGUGUGCCUGUCUUUCUCUAUCCGUAAAAGGGUUUUCCUGCUCCUGACGCGAUUCAGAAUCGACAGUGACGCUGUGGCCUCACGUCCACGCAGACACACAGUUCAUUACGUGAAGCUACCGCUAAAAUGAAAACCGAGAACGGGCUUCAAGUUCCCUUUUCUCCAGCUCAGAGGCGCUCAGCCAGAGCGUGUGAACAUUAUUUAUCAAUAUUCCCCACAGGAGCGUGUGUACUGCGUAAGAGUUCACAGAGCAGAGCUGGCACAGUCGUAAGACGUUCGUUUUCUCUAAAAAUGCACGUCCGCGACCGCGACUACGUUGCGUCCAUAUACGUCACUUCUAGUCUCGCUGAACAUAAUUGUGGAAAAAAAUUAAUAAAUAAUAAAUCUAACAAAAGAAACCACACAAGCUAAACCUGAAGUAUUUCUCUAAUGAUAGGUUGCAUACAUGUUGGAAAUCUGAUCUGUGUGCAGUUUUCGGUGUGACCUGUGGUACAGGGGUAACGCCUGUUCGAGCUAAUUGUACAGCACUUUGAAAAGAAAAGAAAUAAAUUUUUUAAAAAGG